AUGCCUCGGUCGUUCCUCGUCAAGAAGUAUUUUUCCUGCAAGAAACCAUGCUACAGAGAUAGCCUCCUGGAGAGCCAAACCGCUUUUGUCCCGGAAAGCUUCCCACGAGCUGCUCUUCCAACCCGGAAGCACACCUCUGCCCACACCUGCUACCCCUCAGAUCCAUUCACAAUCCCCCUGCCUACACCCCUUUCCCCAAUCACCCCUACAUCUCUCCCUCCGUCGCCACUUGGGCCUCUGGACCUCAGCAGCUCCCCCUUCAGCAGCAGUGGCGAAGACGAAGAAGACAGCGGACGCUCCUCAGAUCCCCCAAGCCCGGAUUUCCUCCAACCCAUCUACCACUGCGUGUACUGCACUAAUAGCUAUAACACCAUCUCAGCGCUGUCACACCACCAGACGUCCCACCUUUGCGCUCCGUCGUUGCCCGUUGAGGCGUCUCGGCCAGCUUUCCAUUGCAAACACUGCCCUAAGGAGUACAACAGUCUGGGCGCCCUAAAGAUGCACAUCCGCUCCCACACGUUGCCGUGCGUGUGCCCCACCUGCGGCAAAGCCUUCUCCAGACCGUGGCUUCUGAGGGGACACAUCCGUACGCACACAGGUGAGCGUCCGUUCGCUUGUCAGCACUGUAACCGGGCCUUCGCAGACCGCUCCAACCUGCGCGCACACCUGCAGACACACUCCGAAGUGAAGAAGUACCAGUGUGGCUCCUGCUCGCGGACCUUCAGCCGCAUGUCUCUGCUGCACAAACACAACACAUCCGGAUGCAACAACUCCACCUCAUAG